UCACAUAAAUGAAUCCGCCUCUUGAAUUACCCACUAUCUCUCUAUCAAAAAACCGUCAGAAUAUAGAGUUAAUAGAAAAUGGAAAGCGAUCAAACAGAAACCAGUGAUCAGAAUAUGAUUACAGAGCCACUUCUUUUGAGCAAUUCUAAUGGCGGAUUCAGAACCUUGCCCUUCAUCGUAGCAAAUAUGGCAUUUGAGAGAGUGGCGAGCUAUGGGCUAUUGCCAAACAUGAUUCUGUAUUUGACGAGAGAGUAUAGAAUUGAGGUUUCUAAAGGAGCCAACAUACUGUUUUUCUGGUCGGCGACCACCAAUUUCAUGCCCAUUCUCGGAGCUUUUCUUGCCGAUUCUUACGUCGGCCGAUUUUGGAUGAUUUCUUUUGGAUCACUGGCUACUCUUCUGGGAACAAUUCUGUUAUGGUUGACAACAAUGAUUCCACAAGCAAGACCGCCACAUUGCGGUCAAUACAGCGACGAUUGCCAAUCCGCGACUACAUCACAGUUUCUACUUUUAUAUUCAUCAUUCGGUCUUCUCUCCAUAGGAGCCGGUGGCAUUAGGUCUUCGUCUUUAGCCUUCGGUGCUGAUCAAUUAGGCAUGGGAAAUCACGACCUGAAAAAUGCAGGAAUAUUAGAGAGCUUCAUUAGCUGGUACUAUGUUUUCGUGUCGUUUUCAGCAGUAAUUGCAAUCACUUUUAUUGUUUAUAUUCAAGAUGAGCUGGGCUGGAAAGUAGGAUUUGGAAUUCCUGUAGUGCUGAUGACCAUUUCUGCAAUUUCUUUCUUCUUGGCUUCUCCAAUUUAUGUCAAGUCUAGACCUGAGGCUAGCUUGUUUACCAAGUUUGCUCAAGUUUUUGCUGCAGCUUAUAAAAACAGAGGAGUUUUGUUGUCGUCUCGAGCUACUGACGAAGAGUAUUUUAGUAGAAAGGGUGCGUCUCUUCUGGCUCCAAGUCAUAAAUUAAGGUUUUUGAACAAAGCAUGCAUCAUCGAAAAUCCUGAAGAAGACUUGACCCCAGAUGGAAGAGCAUCAGAUCCAUGGAAACUCUGUACAGUGGAUCAAGUAGAAGAGUUGAAGGCACUCAUCAAAAUCAUCCCAUUAUGGUCAUCAGGAAUGAUAAUGUCUAUAAAUCUAGCUCAAAGCUCUUUCCCCGUUCUCCAAGCAUCCACAAUGGAUCGACACAUUACUUCAAAUUUCGAAAUUCCUGCGGGAUCCUUCAGCGUUUUUAUGGUUAUAUCUCUAGCAAUAUGGGUUACUCUCUACGACCGCUUGAUUAUCCCGCUAGCAUCAAAACUAAAGGGCAAGCCUAUUCGUCUCAGCUUGAAGAAAAGAAUGGGAAUUGGGAUUCUUUUAUCAUCGUCGUCAAUGGCAGCUUUCGCGAUCAUAGAAAAAAACCGGAGAGAAAAAGCGAUCAAACAAGGAUUUUCAGACGACCCGGAUGCAAUUGUGGAUAUGUCCGCAAUGUGGCUAUUGCCAUAUCAUGUUCUAGGUGGAUUAGCAGAGGCAUUCAAUGCAAUCGGACAGAAUGAAUUUUACUACACUGAGCUGCCUAGAAGUAUGGCAAGUAUUGCUUCUACUCUUUUUGACAUGGGAAUGUCUAUUGCAAACUUGAUAGCAAGUUUGUUAAUGAGUAGUAUUAAUAAUUUGAGUAAAAGAGAAGGAGAAGAGAGUUGGGUUUCAAGUAACAUUAAUAAGGGUCAUUAUGAUUAUUAUUAUUGGCUUCUUGCUUGUUUGAGUUUGCUUAACUUUGUAUAUUUUGUUGCUUGUAGCAAGGGUUAUGGUCCUUAUAGAAGAGAAUGGGUUACUAGCUAAUUGAUAAAGUUUAUAAUGAUGUGAAAAUGUAUGUUACAAAUUUAAUCGAAAAGAAGUUAGAUUAGAUAUGA